AUGCUCACUGUCAAUCAUUUUGAUUCCCCUCAUCUCAGACCUCAAUCUGGAUGUGGAAGCGCAUCUCCCCGUAUAGCAUCUGCACCAGCAUCAGCUCGUGUGGAUCCAAUAUUUGAUAACAAGUUUGGUGAACUCAUCCAAAAGCUUAAGGAUAUCUUGGGGCCAAACAAGGGGAUUAGCAGUGAAGACGUUGACAUUGAAAAGGUGAAACAAGUGAUGGAAGAAUAUGAGUCAGAUGAAUCAGAAUGGGGCCAAUUCGCACUUCAUGAUGAUUCCAGAAAUUAUUCCAGAAAUGGAAUUGUUGACAUAAAUGGGAAUGCCAAUCUUUUGAUUUUAGUUUGGAGUCCGGGCAAGUCAUCGGCUAUCCAUGAUCAUGCCAAUGCUCAUUGUUGUAUGAAGAUUUUGAAAGGUGAACUUUGUGAAUCUUUGUACAAUGUACCUGAUCAUGAAGGAGAUGAAUUACAACCUAAGAGAGUUACUCCCCUCAAAGAAAAUGUUGUUGGAUAUAUUUCUGAUGAUAUCGGAUUGCAUAAAAUUUCUAAUAACUUGACUGAUCGCGUUUCUGUGUCAUUACAUUUAUACACCCCACCAUAUGCAUCAAUGUUUGGAUGUUCGAUGUAUGAAGCCAAGAAUGGGAAGAAACAUCAUGUUGAAAUGAGCAAGUAUUACUCGUGGCAGGGGGAAAUAGUCGAUGGUUUGGCUAGUUCUUCAUGUUAA